AAAACAGGAAUUUUCACCCGGUGUGGUGGCUCACGCCUGUAAUCCCAGCACUGGGGAAGCAGAGGCAGGACGAGGCUAGCCUGGCCUACAAGUGAGUCUAGGACAGCCAAGGCUACACAGAGAAACCCUGUCUCGAAAAAACAAAAAAACAUAUUUUUUUCCCAUCCCACAGUGAAUUGUGUUGGUCGUAUUUCUCCUGGAAACGGUAUCCCGUGGACCACUGAGCCAUCUUUACACGUGUGUUUACCUUGGUCAACCCUGCGUUGUUGUUUUUGUCAACUUUGGCCCUGUUUCUUACCUAGAGUUGUCCUCCUUACUCCUCCUCCUCCCUGCACUUACUUCAGACAUCCUUGCUUUCCACAGCGCUGCUUAUACUCAAUAGCUAGGUCUCCAUGCAGAUGGGUACAUUGCUUCGCCGAGCCCUUGUUCUUUAUGGGGUGAGAGUACGCACCUCUUGGGUCGCGGGUUAAGCGGCAGGAAGUAGUGCGCAGAGCUGGCGUUGUAGCUCUGUGGUAGGAGAAGCGACGUUCUCAGUUCGUUUCCCAGCGGCGCAAAAAGAAAUUCAAAGAGAGUAGUACCGAGUCACAGAGAGCCUACCCUGUUGAAGAGGGACUGGCCGGGCUGCUGUAACCUGUGGCUUCUCACUUCGCUCCAAGGGCCCGCCUGCAACUGGUGCGGCUCCCUUGAGUUUACCUCGCGGGCUGGCCCCGCCCUCACCUUUUGUGACGUAGCAGCUACGCUCCUGCCUCCGCGUUAGCAGCCCGAGACCCACGCUCUCCGAGGCUUAGCCCGUUGGAGGUCGCUUUGGUGUGAUCUUCCCGGGCCACGAUGAAACUAGCUGCUAGCUUCCUUCUGCUGCUUCUGGAAGUGCGGCUCCUGCCUAUAACAUCUGGUCCAGAGGAUUCAGCGACCAACUCGACUCCAGGCAGCCCCCUCUCAGCCACUGAAUAUGAACGCUUCUUCGCCCUGCUGACCCCAACCUGGAAAGCAGAGACCACUUGCCGCCUUCGUGCAACCCACGGCUGCCGGAACCCCACCCUUGUCCAGCUGGACCAGUAUGAAAACCACGGAUUGGUACCAGAUGGUGCUGUCUGCUCUGACCUCCCAUACGCUUCCUGGUUUGAGUCCUUCUGCCAGUUUUCUCAAUAUCGUUGCUCCAACCACCUCUACUAUGCCAAGAGGGUCCGGUGUUCCCAGCCAGUCUCCAUCCUAUCCCCCAACACUCUCAAGGAGGCGGACACCCCAGCAGAAGUCCCUCCCACUUCCAUGACCACCCUGAUGAUAUCCCGUGCCACAGCCACAGAACGCCAGGCCUUCCAGCCUUGGCCUGAGCGGCUCAACAACAAUGUGGAGGAGCUGCUCCAGUCCUCCUUGUCUCUGGGAGGCAAGGAGCAGGACAGUAGUCAAAAGCAAGAGCCGGGACGGCGCAAGCAGGAUCAGGGAGAAGAGCGCAAGAAAGAUGAAGGGCAGGAGCGAGACGAGGAGGAAGAGGAGGAAGAGGAAGAGGAAUCAAAGGAGGAGGGGCAGGGGACAGAGGAGGGUCUGGAGUCCAUGUCCAGCCUGCAGUCAGGCCUAGAACCCAAGUUUCAAUCUGAGGUCCUGUCUUCCAACCCUUCCUCCUUUACUCCCCGGGUCCGAGAAGUGGACUCUGCCCCAUUGAUGAUGGAGAACAUCCAGGAGCUCAUUCGCUCAGCCCAAGAAAUGGAUGAAAUGAACAAACUGUACGAUGACUCCUCGGGAAGCCAAAGCACUGGCAGCCUCCUGCAGCUGCCCCACACGGAGACCUUGAUGGUGCUAUGCUAUUCCAUUAUGGAGAAUACCUGCACCAUGACUCCCACAGCCAAGGCCUGGAGCUACAUGGAGGAGGAGAUCCUUGGCUUCGGGGAUUCGGUCUGUGACAGUCUCGGAAGGCGACAUACAGCUGCCUGUCCCCUCUGUGCCUUCUGCUCCCUGAAGCUGGAGCAGUGCAACAGUGAGGCCAACGUGAGGCGACAGCAGUGUAACGCGUCCCACAAGAUACCCUUCAUCAGCCCCUACCUCUCAGCCCAGAGCAUAUCCACCGGCAACCAGGCAAAGAUCCCGCAAAGAGGCCGCUUUGGUGGGCUGGAUAUGUACGGAGGGCUCAGCUCAGACUUCUGGUGUAGCCGGCUUGCCAUGAAGGGCUGUGAAGAUGAGCGAGUCUCCAACUGGCUCAAGGCUGAGUUCCUUAGUUUCCAGGAAGGGGAUCUCCCCACGAAGAUUUGUGACACAGACUAUGUCCAGUACCCAAACUACUGUUCCUUCAAAAGCCAACAGUGCCUGAUGAAAAACCAAAACAGAAAGGUGUCCCGAAUGAGAUGUAUGCUGAACGAGACCUACAAUGUGCUGAGCCUGGAGAAAAGCGAGGAGAUCAUACUUCGAUGGAACCAAGAGUUCAACACUUUGUUUCUAGUCCAGUUUGGAUGAACUGGGGCCUGCGCUGUCCCCACCCCAGCCCCACCUUUCCACUUUCUCCAUCACUUUUACACUCCAUCAGGUGGCUUCCAAGGUGCUCCUUGCAGGUCCCUUACCUGGCCCCUACUCACAUUUCCCUCGGGCUGGGA